AUGUUGCAAGUCUUCCUCAACACUCCAGAGGAGUUUGGCCACUACACGCACAUCGUCCUGGAUGAAGUCCACGAACGAAGUGCUGAGAGCGACAUGCUCUGCCUGGUGGUGCGGCUCCUGGCGCAGCAGCGUUUUCGCAGCACGCGGCUGGUGAUCAUGUCUGCCACCUUACAGUCGGGGCUCUUCGCCACGUACUUCGCCACGGUCUCGCCGCUGCCGGUGGGCAACGUCUUCGUGGGGGCGAGGUGUUUCAAGGUCACCGAAUACUUCUUGGAGGAUUUGCCAAAGGCCUUCCGCAAGAAGUUGCGCUGUGAGUCAUUGAUCCAGUCGCGGAUCAAGGAGGUCUUUGGGCUGGUGAAACCCAAGAAGAUCGAUCAGAAGCACUGCGACAAGAUGCACUCGAUCAUUUUGGAGCUCCUCGAGGUCAUCGCUUCGCCCGACAGCACGAUCCUGGUCUUCCUCCCUGGGAUCGCGGAAAUCUCCGCCCUGUGGCAGGAAGCGAGAGAUUUGGAGCAUCGCGGCUUUCGAAUCUUUCCUCUUCACUCCAUGGUGCCACGGGAAGAGCAGGAGCUGGUCUUCCAGGAGCCCGAGCCCGGCAUCACCAAUGUGGUUCUCGCCACCGACAUCGCGGAAUCUUCCAUCACUCUGCCGCAUGUGGUGGCCGUGGUGGACUUGGGCUUGCAUCGUCGCAUGGACCACGAUGCGUCCAAGGGCAUUGCGUCCUUGGCCACCAAGUGGAUUAGCAAAGCGGCCGCCACGCAAAGGAGUGGGCGCGCCGGGCGCACACAGCCGGGCCUUUGCCUUCGUUUGUACACGCAAGAGUUCUUCAACGCGCAGAUGCACGACUUCGAGCCACCGGAGUCCAAGUCCAUGGCCUUGGACCGGCUCUACCUGCAGGCGAAGCAGCUCUCGGUGCAACUGAACCAGUCCUUGCAGGGCUACGGCGCGCCUCAGGGAGCGCAACAGCUCCUGUCCCAGUUGCCCGAGGCGCCCGACUUGAAGAACGUCACGGCGGCGCGGCAGAAGAACGCGGAGCUGGGCACCAUCUCCGACGGCACCGAGGCAGCAAAGAUCACUGCCCUGGGGUAUUUGUGCCUCCAGCUCCCCUUGGAGCUCAAGCUCACCCGGCUCGUGUGGCUCGGGGCGCACUUCGGCGUCGUCGCCGACGCCGUGGUCCUGGCGUCAGUGAUGUCGUCGCAAGAUGCCUUUUCGAUGCCAAGUCCUCUCUUCAUGCGAGAGGAGCUGGACUUCGUGAGCCGUUUACGCUCGGCGGCCUCCGCGAGGCUCCUCUUCGACUCCGGGGAGUUGUCGGAGCCCUUGAUGCACCGUCAACUGUUUCUCGAGUGGCUCACGGAGUUUCAUCAAAACCAAUACGUGUCAGGGGACUCGAAGCGACGGAGGAGACGUUGA